CAAGUGAAAUUUCCAUGUCGCCUCUUGACAAAGAUCAGACACUUUAAUUUCGAAUAAAAGCUAAUGAGGUAGUCCAAACAGAACCUGAAUUUUAUAUUGAGGUCAAAAUCAAUGAUGUAAUUAGUCAUGUUUGCAGCAAAAAUAUUGCUAGUUCGAUAGAGUAGUAGCAAAUAAGAAUUAGCAUUCGUACAGUCACUCUAUCUCGAAUUAGGUUUUCUUUUCUUGUUUUUACUCUUCAUCUAAACUCGCUUCCAUUGAUGUCGAGCUUAAUUCUGAUUCAGCUCAUGCCUAACAUAUCGAUUCCAGCAGUGUUUCACCUUGGUGACUUGUAUGAUCUCACACGUAAACCAGGGCUUCAAAGAAAUGGUAUUUGAAGCAAACUUUAGGGCUACACCACCUCCGUAUGUAUUCCCUAUGAAUGACAUAAAAUAUUGUCCUACAUCUCAACCCACCAUAGAGGGCCACCUACUUGAUUACAUCUCAACUCUACAGCAACACUUGGUCUCUCUCACUCUCUUCACCAACUUUUCCUCGCAAGCUCGACUCUAUAGAACAAGAAGAAAGGAGUGGAGAGCAAGAGGGGUUUGAGGGAAAACGGAUGCAUCGCUUUGCAGUGUCCCAAACAGUAGCAGGUCGAUAGAGAACAAGAGGGAAGGGAAUUAAUUCCACUGGUCUAUGGAACCAGAAACCCAAUCGGUCUCCGGCGGUGGAGGCGACGUCCCAACUCCGCCUCCGCCUUGUCAACCUCAGCAGCAGCAGCAGCAGCAGAAGCCAAGCCGGUACGAGUCGCAGAAGAGGCGGGACUGGAACGCUUUUCUACAAUAUCUGGCGAACCACAAGCCGCCGCUGACGCUGGCGAGGUGCGGCGGUGUGCACGUGGUGGAGUUCUUGAAUUACCUGGACCAGUUCGGGAAGACGAAGGUGCACACGCAUGGGUGCAACUACUUCGGCCACCCGAGGCCGCCGGGGCCAUGCGAGUGUCCCACGAAGCAGGCUUGGGGCUCGCUCGACGCCCUCAUCGGGCGACUCCGGGCGGCCUACGACGAGAACGGAGGCGGCCGCCCGGAGUCCAAUCCCUUCGGUGCCAGGGCUGUCAAAGCUCACCUCCGGGAAGUCAGGGAAAGCCAGGCAAAAGCUCGUGGCGUGGCCUAUGAGAAGAAGAAGCGGAAGCAGCGCCUGCCCUUCACCGUAGGGGAAGGGAGCUCGAGAGGUGCAGAGGAUAAUAUCACUAGUACUGCUCCAGUGACGGUGGCAACAAAGGUGAAGCCGGAGACUGCUUCCGCUAGCGCUUCUAGUUCUACUGGAAGGGAUCCAGAUCCAGGGAGUUGGUCGGCUUCAUGAGUGCAGAUUUCUCUCUCCUCUAUAUUUUACUUUCAGUGCAUCAUAGUUAUUCUUGGUUAAGCUGUUAGAAGUAGAGGGUAACAGUUAAGCUUGCGACUCAACGACACAGUUUUUCCUUGUGUUCUAAGGAAGACAUGUAUAUAAAGAAGUUCUUGACCAGUUAGAAUUUAGGAGUUUUCUUGGGGUUUGACAUGCCUCUUCCUCUACUCCUCAUCCUUAAUUUUGAACUGAGAUACGAGGGGAGGGCACCAAAACUCUAUUGAUCGAUGUCUCUUUCUUAAUUAUUUGAUAAAUUAGUGUUGUCG